AUGAAUCAAUCUCAGCACCGUCACCAGAACGAUCAGCGUUCGCAACCAUCUAUCUGUGAUACAGAAGACCGCCAACUAUCACAGAUCAUCAUCAACUUCGGGACGGUGGUGACCAGCGACUCAGGUCAGCAGACCAAUUCGGAAGUCCAGGAAGUUCCGUUGGAGAAAAAGCGACGAACAUGUAAGACCACCGCCCGUCCACCGCAAGAUCGUUCAAGCUGUACACGCGGGCCUGUCGAUCGUUCGACCUCCACCUGUCCACCUUCUGAACGUUCGACCUCUUCCUGUCAACCGCCUGAACGACCAAUCCCCACCUGCCCACCAGAGCGUUCAAGUUGUACACGUGCCCCAGCCGAUCGUCCAAACCCCACCUGUCCGCCGCCAGAUCGUCCAAGCUGUACACGCGGGCCUGCUGAUCGUUCGACUUCUACCUGUCCAACAGAGCGUUCAAGUUGUACACGUGCCCCAGCCGAUCGUCCAAACCCCACCUGUCCACCGCCAGAUCGUUCAAGCUGUACACGCGGGUCUGCCGAUCGUUCGACUUCUACCUGUCAAACAGAGCGUUCAAGCUGUACACGUGCGCAACCCGAUCGUACAACUUCUACCUGUCCACCACCCGAACGUUCAAGUUGUGCACGAACCCCAGCCGAUCGUCCAAUACCCACCUGUCCAUCAGAGCGUUCAAGUUGUCCACGUGCCCCAGCCGAUCGUUCAACACGCGGUUCAGGUGCGCCAACUGAUCGUACCAACUCUUCUUGUCCAUUGGCCGGUCAUUCGUCUUUUACUCUACCACAAGCAUCUUCGACCUUUAUACGUCCAUCGACGGAUCGGUCGAAUUUCACAUGUCCGCAGGCUGAUCGGAACAAUCGUUCAAUAAGUACACGUUCGCCGCCUGAUUGGUCAACAUCUACCCGUUCACUGGCAGAUCGUUCGAACUCCGUCCGUCCACCUAACGUUCGUCCUCCCAACGUCCGUCCACCUAACGUCCGUCCAUAUGGGAUGGAAUCUAAUACGACGACGCGGGAAUCUUGCAGUCGGUACCAAGAAAACCACCCAAGUACUCAACAGAGAGCCCAUUCUGAAUCUGGGAUGAAGUCAAAGACGUCGUCAUGUUAUUGCGAUAAUGGCAACUCGGACUACUAG